CAGCGCAGUACUUACCUUGUCGCCCAAACCUUCAACUUUUUAGCAUGACGACUUGACGACUCGAAACUUCCCAAUUUCAACUUCAAUUUCCAAAAAAAAAUAUCUUCAUAUUCUUACCUGACCUCGAAUUCUACACUGCGACAAACAAAAAUCGGAGGCCAAUGGCGCCCGAUCAUCGUACCUUACAUCCAAAGGCAUCGGAAGAGACAUUAGUAUCCUUGCUCCAGCUGGAUCCCUCUCCUAUAGAUAAUGCGUCAAUCUACGACAAAGAGCUUCCGCCUUUACCAGAAGAUGAUGCAUCGCAAACCUCAAGCCGUACUUUAAAAUCAACAUCAACAUCAUCAACUUCUACUUCUACUUUGGGUCUUAGUGGUAGUGGUCGUGGUCCAAUAUUCUACUUAUCACGAAUUCAACGUUACUCUUCCUACACAUUCUCCUUCUUCGCCGGUCUACAUAUCGCCAAUACUUCUAUAUUUCCUCUCGUAUACCAAUCCGUGCCAUACUCCGAACCUUUUCUUCUUAUGGCACGCGAACUUUACCAGACUCGCUUCACCGAACCUUUGUUAAUCACUCUCCCCGUUGUCGCUCAUAUUACCUCCGGCGUUGCUAUACGAUUACUCCGGCGGCGGCAAAACUUGACGAGAUACGGCGGCGCGACUCCUGGCGUGUGGCCUGUUAACCAUCCAAACGCCUCGUCUUUCUCCUACAAACAUAUAUGGCCACCCUUGAGCUACAUUUCCGCUUCUGGGUAUCUCUUCGUAGGACUACUUGCUUCCCAUGUGGGUAUGAAUCGUGUUCUUCCUCUCGUCGUUGAUGGAGAUAGCUCCAAUAUUGGGCUGCAAUUCGUUUCACACGGCUUUGCGCGUCACCCACUACCUCCAUGGAUCGCAUAUUCGCUCUUAUUAUCCGUUGGCGUAGGUCAUAUGGUUUGGGGUUGGGCUAAGUGGUUCAAUCUCACCCCACCCGCCAAUUGGAAGAAGACCACCAUCGACAAGCGGCUGCGCAGGAGUCGCCGCCGGGCCUGGUGGGGCGUCCAAGGUGUCGCUGUGACUGUUGCAGCAUUAUGGGCUGCUGGUGGAUUGGGAAUAGUGGCAAGAGCCGGUCCCGUCGAAGGCUGGCUUGCCACUGUAUAUGAUAACAUCUACAGCGCUGCAGGUCACUAGAAUUGGCAACAUCUAGGUAUGUGUUGUAUAUAUCCUUGCAUACGUGAUAGCAUUAGAGAUUAGCAUUAGCGACUUAUCCAGGAUAUAGAUUUUCGAAAUUCCAAAAAAUUACGAAGCUACUCUUUACAUAAUACUAACCACAGGCGUUCAUAAGCUCCAUUUACGAUAAACCAAGCUGUUUAUGCUUGCGAAUGGACAUGUCCCGUCCGGACAAUAACGCGCUAGCGGUUGUUUCUGUCGUAUUGUCUUGCAAAUAACAAGGUUUCCAAUCUCCUUGUCGUGAGAAUAAUCGCCUUGUUGGUUCGCAAUAGUUCUGGAAGCGAGUAGUACAAUAUGGUCUAACGUGGGUUUGUUUG